AUGGACUGGGGGCACAUGGGCCUGUGGGCAGUGGGGCUUGGCGUGGAAGGGGCAGCGCCGAGCGGAGGGGUCUCGGACAGCCGUCCUGGGAGCUGGGGUGGAGCCCAGGGGGAGCGCGAAAGGAGAAAGGGUCUCUCUGGAGAGACAGAUGGGAGGACUCAGCCAGGGCACCGGCUCCGACAGGGCCUGGGGGCUCAGCAAGAGGGAGAGGGCAGGGAGUGUCCGGGGUCCCGGGAGGCGUGGGGUGGCGCGGGCACGGGAGUCGGGCGCUGUAAGGGGACCCAGCCCUGGCCGGCCCUGCAACUCCUGAGGGUCGCGGCUUCCGGCCGGCGCCUGCAGCCCCCACCCUGCCGGCCGGAGGAGGCGGGGGUGGGGGGUGGCUGCGCCCGCCGCCGCCGCGGCCGCCGUGAGUCAGGCUCCGGCUGCAGCCGCGCGGCCGGCCUGGCGCUGCGGAGGGAGCGCAGGCAGCUGGAGAGGCAGCGGCGCCGCCAGCCGCGCGCCCCUCCCCGCCUGCCGCCCCGCGCGCUCCCCGCACCGAGCUCGGGUCGCUGGGACGCGGAGCGGCGGGACAGACAGCGACCCGCGGGACGGCGGAAGGACGCGCGGACGGAGGCGCAGGGGUCGGGCCCGCCCGCCAAGGAGUCGCCAGCCCAGGGCCCAGGCCAGUGCCCAGCCCAGCUGGGAGCCCCGGCCAGCACCACGGACGGCGCCCAGGAAGCCCGAGUCCCCCUGGACGGGGCCUUCUGGAUUCCGAGGCCCCCGGCAGGUUCGCCCAAGGGCUGCUUUGCCUGUGUGUCCAAACCCCCGGCUCUGCAGGCUCCAGCGGCCCCCGCCCCUGAGCCCUCAGCCUCGCCCCCCAUGGCGCCCACUCUGUUCCCCAUGGAGUCCAAGAGCAGCAAGACGGACAGCGUGCGAGCCACCGGCGGCCCCCAGGCCUGCAAGCACCUAGCGGAGAAGAAGACGAUGACAAAUCCCACAACAGUCAUCGAGGUCUACCCAGACACCACAGAGGUGAAUGACUACUACUUGUGGUCCAUCUUCAACUUCGUCUACCUCAACUUCUGCUGCCUGGGCUUCAUCGCCCUGGCCUACUCCCUCAAAGUUCGGGACAAGAAGCUUCUCAAUGACCUGAAUGGAGCGGUGGAGGACGCCAAGACGGCCCGGCUGUUCAACAUCACCAGCUCUGCCCUGGCGGCCUCGUGUCUCAUCCUGGUCUUCAUCUUCCUGCGGUACCCGCUCACUGACUACUGAGGCCCCGACACGCCCCGCCGGCCACGGAGACGAAGCACUGACCUGUUCAUUCUUGUGAUUGACAUGAUAAGGGAUGCCGUGCGGUUGAGGCAGAGCAGGGCGUCUGCCCUGGGGGCCCCCUGAAGCUGUGACCUGGGCCUGAGGCCGUCAGAAGCUCUGUACAGUCAGGUGGCUGUGAGCUUUGUGCUGGCCACCCCUCUGCCUCCUGGCCUGUUUCUGGGGAGCAUGGGUUUCUUCCUGUGCUGUUGCACCCUGGCUUCCAGUGGCUGCCUUCCCUACCCUCCUGUGUCCCCCCAGGCUCCUGGGGCCCCUCAGACCUGACACCCGGCAAGAAGGGCUUCUGUGGGAGCUCCCCAGGAUGGGGCGGCUGCCAGCAUCUGGGGACUUGCUCCAUCCUCCCCGCCCCCACCUCCUCCAAGCUGUGACCCUGCUCAGAGCUCUUGUAUCUGUGAACUUUCAAUAAAAUACCUG